GAUACAAUGGUUCUAGGACUGUUUGAUUCUGCUAUUCCCUUCAAGGGACAGGUGUACAGUAAACUGAAGUCCCAGUGUGUGAGUUCUGGGACGCUGUUUCAAGAUCCGGAAUUCCCCCCAGAUUCUUCGUCUUUGUUUUAUACUAAAUCUGCGCCGUCUAACAUUGUAUGGAAAAGACCCGGAGAGAUUACUGGAGAUCCUAAAUUCUUCGUUGAUGGUGCCAGUACUGAUGACUUUCACCAAGGUUCACUUGGAAACUGUUGGUUUGUAGCGGCAGCAGCAUGUAUAGCAGAGAAACCAAAACUCCUCAAACAGAUUGUCCCGGACAUUGAAAAACAGGAAUGGCUUCCGGAGAAUAAAAACAAAUAUGCAGGAAUAUUUCACUUCCGGUUCUGGGUUUUAGGAGAAUGGACGGACGUCGUUGUUGACGAUUACUUACCAACUCAAAAUGGAAACCUUAUUUACAUCCACUCUAAUACCCGGAACGAAUUUUGGUCCGCUUUGUUGGAGAAAGCAUACGCAAAGAUUUAUGGUAGUUACGAAGUGUUGGAAGGAGGUCAUGCUAAGGAUGCUCUGGUCGACAUGACAGGAGGGGUAGGGGAGGACAUAACCGUGUCAAACUACACAGAGUCAGAGGAAAAGAAACAAAAAUUAUUCAAUAUACUCAGCUCAGCCAUUUCUAAUCGUUCUCUGAUUAGUGCUUCAAUCAAUGCAAAAGACGGUGAAAUGGAGGAUAAGACCAAAACAGGCCUGGUGAAGGGUCACGCCUACAGUGUCACAGACGUAAGGAAAAUAAAACUAGGUCAAGGUCUUCUGGCUUUUUUUAAAAGAGAGUCUAUGGAGAUGGUUCGAUGUCGCAAUCCCUGGGGUGGCACAGAAUGGACUGGGGCCUGGAGUGAUGGGUCCGAAGAGUGGGCUAAAGUCAGCGAUAGCGAGAAAAAGGAACUAGGAAUCACCAUAGAAGAUAAUGGAGAAUUUUGGAUGUCAUUUGAGGAUUUCUGUAAGAACUUCACAAGUAUUGACCUUUGCCACCUAAUCAAUACCUCAUUUUUCUCCCUGUCUAAGACGUGGCACGAAGGUGUAGGAAAAGGCGAAUGGACAGAUAGUAGAUGUGGGGGAUCGUUUGGAAACGAAGAUUACCUAAAAAAUCCACAGUAUGUUUUUGACGUAAAUGAUAAAGAGGACGAGGUUUUGGUCUCUUUACAACAAGCAGACACACGGGCAUUUAAGGGCGAGGAAGGAAAAGAAAUGUACGGAAUUGGUUUCUUCAUUACUAAGACUGAUUUAAAUCGUGAGUAUAGAAUGCACGAUAAGCUGGAGACGGCCCAUUGUUCAGGAUAUGCCGUUAGCAGAGAUGUUAUGGAACGCGCCACCCUCAAGCGAGGGCGAUAUGUGAUAUUUCCUACAACACAUAAGCCGGACCAGAAAACGAAAUAUAUUUUACGAAUGUACUUCAGCUCCUCCCCCGACUUCAAGGAGUUGUGUUUUGACGAGCCACAGCCUCCUCAGUGUUGUUCAUUCUUGUGUAAACCUCCAACAGCUGCGACACAAAUCACGAUAAACAGUGCCGACAAUCUAGAGAGUACUGCGCCCCUCCUAGACCCAGAUCCCUAUUGUGAGAUUUUCUGUGAGGGGAACAAAGUAAAAACCAGUGUCUGUAAAAGUACCAAAAACCCGAACUGGAACGAAAGAAUUACCUUUUACCAAAAAAAAGACGGGGAUAUCAAAAUAGAGAUUUGGAAUGACAAUUUAAUAAAGGACGAUUUUCUUGGACAAUGUGUGAUUCCUUUGAAAGAGAAAUCUAAAUACACAGGAAAAACGAUACAAUUUCCUCUUUUGGGGAAAGGAAAGGAAGAAAGCACGAAACAAAAAGGAACGAUUAGUGUGACUAUAUUACAUACAAAGGAAAUGGACACCGUAUGAUGACCUCGAAUUCGAGGCUAACCGACUGGAACAUCUUUAUCAGACCAAGUGUAGCCACGCUUUCAUACAUUUAUUAGUACAUGUAAUGUGCAAAAAACUACCACUGUUUCGCCUUCAUACAUCCAUAAGUACAUGUAACGUGCAAAGAGAGUGUUUCGUUAAUCACCAACAUUUAGCCCUUGGAUUUCCCAUGGUUAUACAGAAAGUUACUUUCUCCCCUCUUCCCCUCCUUUUUAACAGAUCUAGAGGGAAGUUACUCAGUGUAUACUGAGUCAACGUAAUUUUUGGAGAAAUUACAAGUUCUACGGCAAACAAAUGGAAAUUAAACAUACUUAGUCUAUUAUGAUAACUACAGUUUCUAAGAGUGUUGUAUAUCAUGAA